AUGAAACAUGCUGACGCGGCUCGGAGGAUUAUCCUCGCAUGGAACAUUCAACUGUCAAAGCCCCCUAUCAACCCGGUCUCCGUCGCAGCCAUGGCAUCGCUACUUGCCUCCGCCGCGCUUCCCGCCACCAUCUCCGCGCCCGUCCUUCCACCUCGGCGGAAAAUCCUCUCAAAUGGCGCCAGUUUCGCCGCGUCCCUGACAUCGGGGGGCCCGACUCCCCUCAGCAACGCGUUUCAGGGCACGCCCGUGAGUCGCGCUAAGGUUCAGGCGCAGCGGCAGCAGGCGGCGCACGCGGCGCGAGGCGCGGCAGUGGUGGCGGCCGCGUCGCCCAAGGGAACGGGCAAGGGCACCGUCGUGGUCGAACCCGACCCGCGCAUCCCCAUCGUGCUGCUCGGUGUGUCAGGAGCUCUCUUCCUGGCAGACAACAAGAUCGCAGCUGCUCCCAUCGGCCUGCUUGGCGCGCUGCUCGCCUUCCAGACCACGCGUGUGCGCUUUGUGUUUGGGGAGGAGGCACUGGAGGUGCGCAUAGGGCAGCAGCUGGAGUCAUCUGGGGAGAACGUGUUCGUGGGCGGCGAAAACAAGUGGAGGUAUGACACGUUUGUCAACUGGGAGUUCUGGUGGCCAUUCUUCCCUGUGCUCGUCUAUUUCAAGGAGACCCAGACUCGCCCGAGGGGCAGGUGCACUUCUUUCCCAUCAUUGCGAACGGCAAGCAGCUGUAUGAUGUGA